AUGGCGACCACCUCCCGGAAGACCAUCCGCAUCGGCGUGUUCAUCCCCAUAGAAUGCCAGCUCCUGGACUUUGCCUGUGUAGACAUCCUUGGGUCUAUGAGCUAUGAAUACCUCACAUGGGUCAAAGAGUUCGCUCCACAGCCGAUAGUCGACCUCGCACCGAGCGUCCGCAUCUCUUACAUCUCACGAGUCCAACCGGGCCAGCCCAUCCCCCUUACCUCGUCCGCCCGCGUCAUCUGCACGCACCACAUCUCCGACACCGAAGUCCAACCAGGCCAGCUCGAUAUCGUUAUGAUCCCGGGCCCGGACCCUUUGAGUAACUUUGACGACAUCAAGGACGCGACGGACUGGCUUGCGGCCCACGCGGCGAGACCCGAGACGGAUAUCCUGAGCAUCUGCACGGGCAUCUACCUAUGCGGCGCGGCGGGCCUGCUGAAAGGGAAGAAGGCCUGCGGGCCGCGGGGUCUGCAGGGCCACUUGGCCAAGAAGUUUGAGGGGGUGCAGUGGGUUGGUGAGGGAUUGAGGUGGGUGCGGGAUGGGAAUCUCUGGAGUAGUGGUGAGUCCUGUUAUGCUCAGCCCUUCGUUCUCUCAAGUCUCUCGUGA